AUGAAAGAUAACUACGGACGACCUUUCUUCGUAUGUUCUGAGCGAAAGAAUCCCUGCAAGUUCUGGCAAUGGGGAGACGUGUUCGAAGGUCCAAGACCGUUAUGUCAACAUGGAAUGGUGUGCUGUGAACGAAAAGUCAAGAAAGAUGGUCCGAAUCAAAACCGUCUGUUUUACUGCUGUCCGAAGGACGACUGUUGUGGUUUCGUCGAAUGGAAGCAACAAGGCCCUCGGGUGACCAACACGGGCAUCGUGCUCUUCAGUAAUCCACUACAAUACCAGUACAUGAUUGAAGAAACAGGAGAGACAUUUAAUAGUUCUAAAUCUAACACUAAGGAGGCCUAUGAUGAAUUUCGUAGAUUUGGUUUAACAA